UAACCUAUAGCCUCUCUACGUUAUACCAUUCAGAAAACCGAAUACUCUAACCUUCGCCAUGGAUAAGGCCACGAAAUCCAAGGCCGCGAAGUCCAUCAACGCCGGUCUAGAAAUCCCUUAUGCAGACGCGCAGUUCUUCCUCGCCUGUCUGCAGUGCAUGGGGGACGACAAACAGAUCGAUCUUACCAAGGUUGGAGACAUGAUGGGUUACAGCAAUGUUGCUUCAGUCGGCAACCGUUUCCGUGCCAUUCGCAAGCGCUACAAUUUGAACAAUAUUGAGGCUAAGUCCGGCUCUGGUGUACUCAAGAGUGCAGGUGCCAAUGGCGAUAAGGAUAAAGGCGCUGCAGGUGCUACCGAGGCCGGUGAUGGCGUCGAAGAGCAGUCUGAUGACUCCGACGUGCCUACUCCCGUCAAGCCCAAGGGCAGAAAAGUCGCCGCGCGUAAGGGAGCGAAGGCUACUACUUCGAAGCCCAUCCCUGCCACUGGUACGCUUAAGUCGGAGACCAAGGACCGCAAGCGCGGGGCUAAGUCGGCUGUUGUUGUGAAGGAGGAAGAGGAAGACGAUGCAGACAGUCUCAUGGAAGACAAUACCCCGGAUGAUGGCAUGGAGUGUGCUACGGCUUGA